AUGCCUAGUAGAGGGGAGAGAGAACCGCGGAAGCAUAGGAGUAGGACGAGUCAAGAUUUGGGUUAUGGAGGGUAUGAUGGACAACAGGGAGAUGAUUAUGAGGGUGGAUAUGGAAAUGAUUAUGGGCAGGAGAGAACGAGAGACAAGGAUAGGAAGGAGAAUAGAAGAUCGAGGGGUUAUGAUGAUGGGCUCGUGAAGGAGAAGAGCGCUGCGGCUGGAAGAAGAUAUGAUGUCCAGGCUCCUGAUGCUUCGAUCGUUUUGGAAGGCUACAGGGCGGAUAUUUUGAAUGGGUUUGAGGAGCCACAGGCGCGGUACAAUCCGGCAAAUACGGCGCAUCCGCAAAGCUCUAUGUUACUCAAUAUCAACGAUCCUAUACAAGUACAUUUGUUAGUGGAGACAGCGUUAUGGGAUGCGAAGGAAUAUGAAAUUCUGUCCCCAGAAGAAGUUGACGACCUGAAGAAACAAUGCCAGUCCCUGAACCAACGAAUCCAAACUGCGCGACAAAACUUGGUGGUCCACUCGAAAUAUCGCGAUGCGGCUCGUUCUAUGACAAAAUUAUAUCCGGAUAAGAAGAAGAGUGUGGAUUUGAAUGAUGCCAAUAAACAAAAACGCGGUAUAUUUGGAAAUAGGAAUAGAAGCAAUAGCGACCAGGUUCGGGAUGCUGAUAUAGAGCGUGCGGAUAGUGAAAAGAAAUGUGAAGACCUGGCAGCCGAGUUAUGGUCUCUUGAAAAGCGGUUGGUUGAACCGGAGCAUCGAUUACUGAAGCACACAGCGGGUAUUCUUCAGAUGACGCAUAAGGGUCCGAAGAGAGACCCCGGGGGUGAUGAUUCUCGUCAAGGUGUGAUCGAGGAUGAAUUUGAUGAAAGGAGCUUGUACCGGCAAUUGGAUCCUUUGGAUAUAUCUUUCGGUGCUUUUGGCAUGAAUCAGACAUUGGAAACGCCGUCUACAGAAAGGUCAAAAGAGCAUAUGCAACUCAUUACAACUACUGAACAGAAAUUGGAAGAUCUUAAUUCUGCUUUGAGAGAAGUAAUUAUCAAGGCCAAUCCUGACCAUGAUGCAAGCCAAAAUCCAGUGCCACUUGCAAGAACCAACGCUCAAGGAAAACCAACACAACCUGGAGAAACUCUACAAAGUCAUCUUGAUUACUUGGAGAAGGGCAUCGCUGCUCUUGAUCUAGAGUAUACUGCUUCCAAACGACAAGCAGAUGAGUUAAAUGCUUCUAUGGAAGACACUUUGGAAGAGUUGAAUCGCGAGGUUAGGGGUCUUCUUUCCCCUACACACCCAGAGUUACAAGAGCCACCAGCAAUUACCGGACAACAAACUGGCUUGAGGGAGCAAUUGUAUUAUUUCCAGGAUAUUAUUGCUUCAGUAGAAGAGGAGCUUACGAAAGCUGCUGAAAUAGUUGCCAAUCCUCCGGUCAAUAAGAGUAAAUCUGGAGAUAGUGAUCAAAUGGAAGCCGUGCUCAUGGGUUUGUGGGAUAUCAUACAAUCUGGAGAGGAAGAAAUUCGAAAACAGAAGCAGGAGCGGAGACAAAACCGUGCGGCGAAUGGUCGUGUUCCUCAGGAUGAUUCUGAUACUGGUUCUGAGAUGGGUGAUCCAAAUGAGCCCUUUACACUCCAAUCGUUCUCUGCCAAGGUGCAGUGGCUGUAUUCUUCGGCUACUAAAUUAAAGGAGCAUAAGAAGGUUCUUCAAAGACAAAUCAAACAACAGCGAGAACUGAAUAACAAAUCCGAUGCUCAGAAGGAUGCCGAGCUUGUAAGCAAGCAAGAAGAGCUUGACAAGACUACAGGUCUUCUCGAGAGGACAGAACGCAAUGCUGCUGAUCUUCAAGAACAACUCAGUAACGUCAUGACUGAAUUGAUGAAAGCUAGGCAAGCAGAUAAGAUGGAUACCGAGGCGCAGGCUAAGGAUUCCGUUGCCCUUCGAGAAUUACAAGAACAGCUUGCCGAAUCCCGUCGUCUACAUGAGGAUGAGCUUACCAAUUCUCAUCGUGAAGCUUCGGAGCGAAUUGCAAGUCUUACUGAUGCGCAUCGUGAUUCACAAGAACAACUUGCAAUUGCGGCUCGUGAUUCGCAGGAACGAAUUGCUGGUCUGGCAACUACUAAUCGAAAUCUCGAGGAUCAGCUCGCUGCUGCCAACAAAAAGAUUGAUGAAUUGGAAAGUGAACUCCGGGAACUCAAAGACGAUAACGGUAUUAAUAGUGCCGAUGUGACAAGCAAGUUGAGUGGACAUGAAGCUAGAAUUGCGGAGUUGUCAACUGCUGUAGCUGCUGCUGCCACGACUAGAGUCGCUCAGGAGAAUUCUCUCAGAGAAAAGGAUAGAUUACUGGCGGAGAAAGAGAAGGAGGUGGAAGAUAUCAGUAUGAAGGUUGCAGAAUUGCAAACGGAAGUUGUCAUUGCGAGAGCAGAACUCGAUGGUGCAUAUGGCUCACGAGCUCAGCGUGCUGCAGAAGUUGCUUCGAAUCCAGUCAUUCAGAAGGAAAUCGAUGCUAUGACAAACAAGAAUAAGGCGUUGCAAGAACAAAUGGAUGCACUUCAUAAUAAAAAUUUCAUGCUUCAAGGCGAGAUUGCGGAACUCCAAGCAGCCAGAUCUCCGGGCCCAACAGCGAAUAGCGCGGAGGCGGAGGCGAAGCUUAAAGAACUUAAAAAGGAGCUUGAAGAGACGAUAGAAGAGUAUGAAAUUAUGACUAAAGCGUCGAUUGAAUGGGAAAAAGAGAGAGAGAAGUUGGAAGCGGAUAUUGAUAAACUGAGGGAUGAGAGGGAAAAUCUUGAGAGUCAGUUAAGUGAUGAGAAGGUUAGGAAUUUGGGGAUGAGGAGUCCUGGGGAUGGAAGCGUGACGCCGACUAUGAAUAAUACGAGCACGACGGUGCUGAAGAAUGAGUUUAAGAAGAUGAUGAGGGAUUCGAGGGCGGAGGGGCUGAGGGCUUUGAGGGCUGAACAAACGGAACGAAGAAGAAUUGAGGAAGAAUUGAGAGCAAUCAAAAAGGCGCAGGGUCCGGGUAGAUCGCGCUUGAGUCAAAGUGUUUCUUGA